AGAGCAAGCAAAACAUUGCAGAGAAAGCUUGUUACUAGCUAGCUAUUUAACUUUGCAUAAACAGAAAGUUGCAUUCAUGGCGGCUGUAUCUUCAAAAUGGCUUUCUUUUCUUCUACUUUCCUUGUGCAUCGUUCUUCAUUUGAGUGCUGUCACUCUGGGUGAUGACAAACUGGACAAAACUAGGUUUGGCGACGAUAACUGCAGGUUUGGUCGAAGAGGCUGUGGUGGUCGUUUUGGUGUUGGUGGGGGAGGUGGUUUUGGUGGGGGAGGUGGAGGUGGUGUUGGUGGUGGGUCGGGUCAUGGUGGAGGCUUUGGAGCUGGAGGCGGUGUAGGAGGUGGUCUUGGAGGCGGUGCUGGUGGGGGAGGAGGCGGAGGAGGAGGAGGUGGUGGAGGUGGUGUUGGUGGGGGGUCGGGUCAUGGUGGGGGCUUCGGGGCAGGAGGCGGUGUAGGUGGUGGCCUUGGAGGUGGUGCUGGUGGGGGAGGAGGUGGUGGAGGGGGAGGAGGUGGAGGCGUAGGUGGAGGAUCAGGCCAUGGAGGUGGCUUUGGUGCAGGUGGAGGUGGUGCUGGCGGUGGUUUAGGUGGCGGGAGCGGUGGUGGAGCUGGUGGAGGGUUUGGAGUUGGAAUUGGCGUUGGCGUUGGAGUUGGUGCAGGUGCAGGUGCAGGCAAGGGAUCUGGCAGUGGUAAUGGUGGCAGACAUUGAACUUGAAAACAAUCCUUGGCAAUUUGAAAGUGUAUGAAUUAAUGAAAGGAACGUAGAAGAUUGCAAGCUUGAAGUCUAAUCAGGCACCUAAUUCUGUCUGUGAUGAGAGUUUUUCAACUUUCUUGUAGCUUUGGUCCUUAUAAAACACUAUUGUCGUUGUAAUUUGUUGUUCUUCCCCGAUUAAUUACGAUUAACAUUGAGGUUUAUAUAUGCAAUGUACCUGAGAAGUUAAUACUGUGUUCCAAAGCAA